AUGAGGCUACAGUUGGCUCAGGAGGAAGAGGUCGCAAACAGCACACAUCCUGCCUCACCCCCUCCCCCUCAUCGGUCCCAAUCCAGUCCUCCACCAGUCCCCCACCAGUCCCCCACCAGUCCCACACCAGUCCCACACCAGUCCCCCACCAGUCCCACACCAGUCCCCCACCAGUCCCCCACCAGUCCUCCACCAGUCCAACACCAGUCCAACACCAUCCAGACCCUCUGCACUGUGGCUCAGACUUCUCCGGAGCAGGACAGUCCAGUAGAUCUUUCUUCGUCCCUGGACCUCAUCUCUUCUCUUGACCUUGAGAGUCUGGUGCAGGACCGUAACCCACCUGAGGUUACCCAAGAACCUCCUGCUCCAGAAACCCCAAACCUCCAGGACUUUAACAGUCCUUCAGAAACUGUCAGUCCCCCAGAGAAAACCGUCCCACCAGAGACAGAGGACGUCAGCUCCGAUGCCGCUCACUUCAUGGUUUCAGCGAUGAUCCAAAAGCUCUUGGACAAAUCCCCCGUGUCCCUGGACAUUAGGGAACAAGGAAAAGUCAUUUUGCGACUGCAUGAGGUGGAGCGAAGAGUCUCCAUGCCCCAAGGAACAGACUUAAAGACCAAGGACCUCAAAACUAAAGCUAAAGAGGCGGCUAGAAGUCUGCGGGAAGAGCUGGGACCCAUCUCCUCCGCCCUGCUCCAGAGCGACUGGUUUGUGGAGGCAGCGGUGAGAAAUCUGAACAUCCAGCUCCAAGACUUCAACGAGGACCGAGGCCGACGAUCAGGACGCUUCUUCCUCCGAGUUCUUAAAAUGUUCAGGACCAGGAGGAGCAGAGUGUCGCCUGGUCCUCUGAGAGCAUACCUCAGAUCAGCGUGUUAA